GUAACCUCAAAAGUAAAUAAAUUCUUCAGAUUGUUCAGUCAAAUUGUGCAUAUUAGAAAAAAAAACGAUUAAAAUGAAAUAAAAAUAUAUAGCUAUGACAACUCAAUAUAAGAAAUUUAUCAAACUCAUAGCUAAAUGGCCAUUGGAUGUAACUAAAGGAGACAGAGACCUUGGUAAGUUCAUCAGGGAUAGAGUUAAAUUUGUUUUUGAAUCGCCAGAGAAGCAUAAUUUAGAUUCUGAAUACUGUAAUCGCCAAUAUCAGGCGCUAAACCGACUGGCCGACAAUCAUUACAGAAAUAAAUAUAAGAGAACCAAAUCUAGUACAGCUACUGGUUUGAGUACUGAGGAGUGUAACCUGAUCCUAUCAAACGAGGUACUCGCAUAUCUGAAGGAACAAAAUAAAGGAUUUUUCCGAAAAUUUUUAGGAAGAGAAUAUGUCAAAUAUAAAGAUCAUACACCAGUAAUGUUAAAUGAGGCAUUGAAAUACUUAAAACCUCAAGAUGGUGAAUUGUAUGUAGACAUGACAUUUGGCGCUGGAGGACAUUCCAGAAAAAUUCUGGAAUCUGCUAACUGUAAAUUAAUUACCUUAGAUAGAGAUCCUGUUGCAUAUGAAAAAGCAAAGAAUUUAGCAAAAGAAUAUCCUAAUAGAGUGAUCCCUUUGCUAGGUAGAUUCAGUGAACUGCCUUCCUUGUUAAAAGCUAAUGAAAUUACACAAUCUUCCAUAGAUGGGAUAUUAUUUGACUUUGGUUGUUCAUCAAUGCAAUUAGAAACAGCUGAAAGAGGUUUUUCAAUAAAUAAAAAUGGUUAUUUAGAUAUGAGAAUGGAUGCCGGCAGGGACCCUAAUCAAAUAUCUGCUAGAGAAGUCUUGGCUACAGCAAGUGAACAAGAACUAUAUAAAAUAUUCAAAAUAUAUGGAGAAGAAAAGAAAGCCGCGAAAAUAGCACAAACGAUAUUACAAGCUCGAUAUAUGAUUAAAAAUAUUGAAACAACCGAAGAAUUAGUUGACUUAGUUAAUUCAUGCUGCCCUGAUGAGAUCAGACUGGAUAAACUACAAAGACCUCAGUCGAAUGCCACAAAGGUCUUCCAAGCAUUACGUAUAUUUGUGAACAAUGAGUUAAAUGAAAUCAAUUAUGGCAUGGUGUUGUCAAAAUAUUAUUUAAAAAUUAAUGGUAGAUUAGUUACAAUAAGCUUCCAUUCAUUAGAAGAUACAAUUGUAAAAAGGCAUAUCGCUGGCAACAUAAUCAAUGAAGUAGCUAACCCAGUGCCAUUGCGGUACUUGAACCCAACUUUAGUGCAAGAUAAAAGUACAAUUGAGGAGUUUUUGGAUACACCUUGGAGGGCUUUAAAUAAACAUGUUGACGUGCCCACAGAUGAAGAAGUCGAAAGUAAUCCUAGAAGCAGAAGUGCCAGGUUACGAGCUGCAAUUAAAAUAAAAUGAGAGAUUAUGAAAGAAUAGACAUUUAUUACAGUUGACUAAAAAGUGUUGGAGGUGACUCUUAUGCAUUCAACAUGUACAAAUUAGACACUGUAACAUUAAUUCUAGUAUGUAGCUAUUUAUAAUAAAGAAAAUAAAAUUGUUUUCAUGUAA